AUGUCGUCAGUAAUGUCUAAUUCGGCAAAAUUUCGCCCGGAUAGACAUGUACCACCAAGUCAGCUGAAAGAACCCAAAGAAGCCGACGGAAACCACCUCCCACCACAACCCAAUCCCCAUCCUCGCACUUCUUCCACCCAACCCAAUAGUCCAUGGGACUCGACAGGUUUCUGUAGUGUGCUGGUUAUUUCUUUGGGAGUUUCACUAAAACACCCAAAAUGGGGGUUGAAAUUAUAA